GACGGACGGUACCUUGUCCCACUUCCUCUCUGUUUGUGCGUCUCGAUUUCUUACGCUUCUUCCUUCCCCCCACAUCCCUUUUAGAGCUCUCAUUACUCCGUACCUUUACAUCUCCCCUCUAUCGUCAUUUCAUGGUGUGAGUAGGACUCCCAGGGCGAUACCUCGUGUCUAAACUCAAUUCACAGUCGAACUCCUCGGGGGGAAGCAACCCGGAUAGAUGCUGACAACGGUCGCAGAUGUUCAUGGCCGUCAUAAUAAUAACCUAGCCUCUAGACUCAUCCAGAUCCUAAUCCACUGGACCCGUCCGUUCCUUUCUACCAUCUUCACGCCGGUCGCAUUCCACAUAACUUUUCUCUUCACACAUUCUCCCAACCAACAUGGCUUCCCUGAAUGACGGAGUCUUGCCUUUGGAGGUAGAAGCGUUGAAUCGACAAAAUGAUGAACUCAAUGGCCGACAAUCACAGGGCAGUUUAAUGAAAGCGUCCAUGGGAACAGAAUGGUUUAAGUUUUUCGGAGGUGGACAAAAAAAAGUUACACGAGAUGGUCAACCAGCAAAACGACGGGGCCCAAAACCGGAUAGCAAGCCGGCCCUUACCAGGCGCCAGGAAUUAAAUCGUCAGGCGCAAAGGACACAUCGCGAACGCAAGGAACAGUAUAUGCGAGCGCUAGAGACUGAAGUCUCACGAUUACGAGAGGCCUACACACAAGAGAUAUCCGCGGCGAAUUUGACCGUCCACCAACAUCGAGAGAUGGUUCGGUCAUUAUCGGAAGAGAACAAUAUAUUGAAAGAAAUUCUAGCCGCACAUGGCAUCAGCUAUGAGGCGGAAGUGGAACGUCGCAAGGCGGAACGCACAAGUCCAACAAACGCAACAUACCAGUCUAGUCCUUUUGCCAGCAGUGUUGGAUCGCAGCCUGCAGCUGUCGCGCAGUCAGCUCCAUCAACUCAGCACGCUUACACGACGCCACCCACGACCAUCUCAGCCACAUCUUCUAGUUUAAGCCCUAUUGUAAACGGGAUAGAGCACAUCGACGUCUCACAAACCCAAGAGUUAUCACCUCACCAAAAUUGCAAUGCUGCUCCCUGCGAUGCCUUAGCCACUCUUGACCGGAUAGCACCAGCAAGUCGUCAGCCUAAUCAGCCGGCGGGUAUCUUUGAAAAUGAUCCGCAGCUGCAAAUCGACUUUAUUUUGACGUUGGAAUCACCAUGUCGCGAACAUACCGACUAUCUCUGUCGACGAUCUAUUACGGAGGCCGAUGAUGAAGAUAUGCCUUUCUCUGGACACGCAUUGAUGGCUUCCUGUCCGCCACCCAGUUAUAUUGCCAACACAACCCAUGAACAAGCCUACCCACAUCAGACAUAUAAUCUUCCACAUGCCAAUCUGACAACACUGCUCAACCUGAGUCGACAGCUUGUGACCGAUGGCCAAAUUACACCAAUCAUGGCCCUUCAAUGUUUGAAAAACCAUGAAAUGUAUCGCUCGUUGACCAGAGAUGACAUAAGGAUUAUAAUCGACACGCUCAACACCAAAGUCAGGUGUUAUGGUUUUGGAGCGGUGGUGGAAGACUUCGAGCUCAUGGACUGUCUGAGCAGUGUCAUCGGGACCAGGGUCGAGUUGGGAUUCUCCCGCGCCGGAGAUGAGACGCUGUAUUCAUGAUACCAUGACAUGAGUUAAUAGUUCUUUUACCCCUGACUUGGGGUGGGGGGUGCAUAUAGAAGCUCCGGAGCGUUGUUUUCUUUCGGCUAUAGGUGGCUGAUGCAUUGGUGUGGAAUCCUGGUGUAUAUCAUUCUUCUGUUGUUUGUUACUCGGCGUUGGCUGAGAAUUUUCUUCUCGCUUCAUCUUUGUAAUAUUUUGGUCAUGAAAAAUGGCAGGUGUUUUUCUAUAGCUGAACAUGACUGUGUGGCAUGUUAGGCAGUGCAGUGCUCUGGG